AUGAACACGGAGCAACACUGUUUAUUUGGUAUCUGUUUCAGCAGUGAUGCAGGUGAGCCGGACGCAGAGUUUGGGACGACAGCUGAAAUCUAUGCAUACCGAGAAGAGCAGGAGUAUGGCAUUGAAACUGUGAAAGUGAAAGCUGUGGGAAGGCAGAGGUUUAAGGUCCAUGAGAUAAGAACUCAAGCAGACGGGAUCAGACAAGCCAAAGUACAGAUCCUUCCAGAACGAAUCCUUCCAGAUCCCCUCUCUGCCGUGCAGAUAGCACCCCUCACCAGGCUCAACAUGCACCCCUCCUGCAAACCCCCGACUCAGACCUGCAAGCAGGCCCAGCGCUGGUGGAAUAACUACCAGCAGGAAAUGGAAAUGGGACAUGACAGCUCUGGUUACACCAACUGA